UGCGCGACGCGCGCUGCGAUCAGCCCUCGGGGAGCAUUGAUAUCGUAAUGUGCGCCGCAAUGACGCUAUGCCGCCGCUGCUGGGAAGAAGCCAAAAGGUAGAGGGACCUGGGGGGCUCUGCUCUGGCACGCCGCACGCACAGGUGUGUGUAUUUGUGUGUGUUCUUGCUGCCGGGGACGGAAUCCGGCCGAGAAGUGUGGGAACGCGGCUCUCGUUUCCCACGGCUCUCUCAGAGCACGGGCCCGGCGCGCACCUGGCUCUCCGCAGUUUGAUCACUUGAAAAAGGCCUCCCCUCCCUGCGGCACGCUCAUUCCGCCGCGAACCGCCGAGCAGGCAACAUACCCGCACUCGCACUCUCGCAGCCGAAAUGUACGCCGCCGAGCAAACGUGUCUCUCGCCUGACCAGCAGCCCAUCUCGCGCACCUACCAAUACAGAAAGGUGAUGAAACCGAUGCUGGAACGCAAACGCCGCGCCCGAAUCAACCGCUGCCUGGACGAGCUGAAGGAGUUGAUGGUGUCGGCUCUGCAGACCGAGGGCGAGAACGUGUCCAAGUUGGAGAAGGCCGACAUUCUGGAGCUGACCGUGCGCCACCUUCACCGUCUGCGGCGCCAGCAGCGCCGGCCCGCGUCCUUCGCCGACCGCUUCCGCGCCGGCUUCAGCCACUGCGCCUCCGAGGUGUCCCGCUGCCUCGCCACCGGGGUUGAGGGCGUGUCCGUCGACCCGCAGCUUGGACAGAGUCUGCUCGCCCACCUCGGAGAGCGCCUGCAGCAGCUGGAGGAGGACCCGCACCGGCCCGAGACGCCCCCUCUCAGCCCGCCGCUGACCGACACCGAGGUCGAGGCGGCCACCACCGGCGGCGUCUGGAGGCCCUGGUGAGCCCCUGAGAAGGAUCCUGAGCGCCCUUGCUGCGCAGACUGCUGUGACAUGUACCUGAGUCUGAUGUAAAUUAUUGAUUGUUUGAAUGUCUUACCUGAGUAAGACUCACCAUUAAGUAUAUAUUUUAUGGUACAAAGAGAUUAUUUGUAAUCUGAUAUCUGAUGAUUGACUGUAAGAGAGACACAGUUAAAUUUUAACCCCCAGUUGUGGUGGUUCAAAUAAAUCGCACAACUUAAAAUGAA